UGAUUACUUCCGCUGGUCAUAGGACACAAACAUGGCUGCCAUGUUGUGUCUCUAACGCUUGCGUCUCAAUGUUAAAUUUUGUUGCUAGUUAAAUACUGCAAUACUUUAAAUUAUCAGGAACAGUUACUAACUAGGUCUUUACAGCUACCGACAUGUUCCAGGUCAUCGGCGGACGGAGCGUCCAGGCGGCCCGGCUCCUCGCGCCCAGGAGCGCCGUGCUCGUGGAGGCUGUCCGGGGCCGAAAGUCCCGCAGCGACCCGGUGGCCAAGUCCAAAGAAGGACGGAUUAAAGUGCCUGUAUCCGUUGACCCUGUGGAGAUGGUGGUGCUCAAGGAGAGAUACUCGGAGUACAAGCUCAUCAUGAGGGCGCUUCGGAUGGAGUUCAAGGAGGGGGUGCUGCGCAAAAAGUAUGAGGAGGAGAUGGGCUCCCAGGCUGAACUGAGGGCGAGGCAGGAAGAGGAGGAGCAUCGCGCCCUGAUGGACUGGAAUAAUCAGGAAAACCUGCGGAUACUGAAGGCCAGAAUAAUAAGGAUCCAACAGGAAGAGGAGGAAGCUGAGAGGAAGAAAACGGAAGCCGCCAUUCAGCGGGAACAGGAGCAACAGGAGUUCAUCAGGCAAAAAGAGGAAGAGAUUUUGAAGCUGCAGGAGGAGGCUAAGAACUUCGUCACCUUGGAGAACCUGGAUCAGCGAAUCGAGGAGGCGCUGGACAAUCCAAAGAAUUACAACUUUGCCAUCGACAAAGAGGGGAAAGUGGUCAAAAGGACAGUGCUGCAGUGAAACACCCAAGUUCACGUCUGUGUGUGUGUGUGUGUUUCCUCUCCCCCCAUCAAGACUCUGAUCAGACUUUUGUUGUCCAUUUCAAGUUUUCUGAAAGCCACUUCAUGCCUGCACCCGGAAGUGUAUAUUAUUGUAAAAAUGUUUUCUUUUUCAACAUAAAAGUUUUAAAACGUGAUAUGUAAC